GCGCUGCCGGAUAUGGCAAGUCGGUGCCAGCGAUUACGGACGCCUCAGAUCUAUUCCGGUGGCUUGGAGUAGAGACCGUCUCACCGGAGCUCCUAGACACGUCAUCGUUGAUCGGGAGGGCCCCUGUGGUGGCGCAUCAACUCAAAACGCAGCGGCGGUCUCGGGAGUACAGGGGAGCUAUCUUCAGGAGAUGAAUCCAGAACUGUAUCCGUCUAGUAAGCCAAUGUAGCAAGCUAAGCUGCAGCACAUGGGAAUUCAGCAUUGGCAAAGUAUAAUCAUUGCCAGGGGAUCAAAACACAAACCACGGUUAUCAAGAACAACACAUCAGGGAUCUGGCCGUCAAACCAUCAAUGGCUCACAUAGAGUUCUUGGAUGGCUUGCAUCAGCGACAACAAAUGUGAGCCCGGGCGUUGUGUAUUUUGUAGGAAUUGACACACAGGAGCCGUGCGGAACUCUACGAUGGCCUCGGGGUCUCUCCUCAUCCAUGGAAGCGGUUGGGAUGUGGGUCCAUUGCAAGGGUGCCCGGCAGUUUGGAGCGUCGGGGAGGUGCCAGAGACAGGAUAAUUCCUUUUACAAAGACAAGAGUUCUUACACUAACUAGUGGGCCUAGGGCGACAAAUCAAAGAAGAUGGAGGCAGAGCCCUGUUUAGAGCUUGCCGAUGGCGAUACGAGGAAAGACAAUGUAAAGAAAGACAAGAAGAAAAAGAAAGAGGGGAAGAGGAAAGAAGCUGAGACCAAAGGGCAGGAGCAGACAUCUGACACUGCUUUUGAAGAUUCGGCAGCAGAGAGAUGCGAGGUUGAGGGGAAGCAAUCUAGCAAGUCGAAGAAGAGCAAACACAAGCGUAGCGAUGUUGGCGAGGAUUCCGCUGGUGAUCGAGUUGUGCCAGAAGAAGAUAAGAAGAGAAAGAAGGACCAUCCAGCUGUGCGGGAAGAGAGCAGCCGGAAGCGGACACUUGAUCGUACCGUUGACAAUUCAGUGGUCGAAAGAGAUGGGGUUGAGGGAAAGAAAUCUAGCAAGUCAAAGAAGAGCAAACACAAGGAUACUGAUGCUGGUGAUGCUUCUGCUGCCGAUCAAGUUGUGGUAAAAGAAGAUCAGAAGAGAAAGAAGAAGCAUCCAGUUGUGCUGGAAGAGAGCAGUCAGAAGGAGACACUUGAUACUACCGUUGAAAAUUCAGUGGUAGAAAGAGAUGAGGUUGAGGGGAAGCAAUGUAGCAAGUCAAAGAAGAGCAAACACAAGGAUAAUAAUACUGCUGCCGAUCAAGUUGUGGCAAAUGAAGAUAAGAAGAGAAAGAAGAAGCAUCCAGUUGUGCUGGAAAAGAGCAGCCAAACCAAAAAUACUAACAGAGAUGAGAAUGGAGAGAUCAAGGAGAGAGGAAAGGAAGGCGAUAAAUCCAGUCCAGAACUUAGUGAGAAUGUAUCUGCUGGGAGAGCGGAGGCUGAAGUAGAUGGUAAGAAUGAUAGGAAGAAAAAGAAGAGCAAGGAGGGAACGCGAGAUGGAAUAAAGGAGAAAGUAAAGGCAGCUCAGUCAAAGAACAAGGGCAAGCGGGUGAGCUUUGCUGAUACCACGGAAGUGUUCAGAACUGAAGCUGGUGAUGGUGAGGGGAACGAAGGAGGAAAAAAGAAAAAUAAAAAGGCAGCUCAGUUAAAGAACAAGGGUAGGCGUGUGAGCUUUGCUGAUUCUGAGGAGGUGUUUGGCAUCGGAGGUGGCGACAAUGGAGAAGGUGGGAGCAGUGAUGAAUCUAAAUUUGUGCAUGGACAGAGGUUUAGCCCAGAGGAAGACGCCACCCUCAUGGAAGCUAUAAGGGAUUUUAUAGAGAUGAAGCAAUUGGGAGAGAAAGGCUUUGAGAUGAUUCAGUCUUCUCGUAAACACAAAGAGCUCAGGGGUUGUUGGGAUGUUAUAGGGAAAUGUUUACCCCAUAGACCUCACCAAGCCAUAUACAGCCGGGCACGUGUAUUACUCAGUAGGAGUGAUCAACGUAAAUGGACACAAGAAGAAAAAGAGCAUAUUCGGCGGUUUGUCCAAAAUAAUGGCACGGAGUGGAAGACAUUGGCACGUGAACUUGGGAAGUGUAAUAUCCAUGUAAAAGAUACUUGGAGAAGAAUAAAAUCUGAGAACUUGAAAAAAGGACAUUGGACACAGGAUGAGCAUCAAAAGCUAUUCGAUAUGGUGAACCUUGACUUGCGUAUAAAAGCUCAUCAAAUAAAAGAUCCCGAUAAUCGGAAGCUUAGGGAUAACAUUUCCUGGGAGGAAAUCAGUGAUAAAUUAACCACCCGUAAUCACAAGAAUUGCUGCAUGAAGUGGUACAAUACAUUAGCAUCUCCGAUGGUUAGGAAAGGAAUCUGGGCAGAUGUUGAUGAUUAUCUAAUGGUGGAAGCGCUCCAGAAGGAUGAUGCUGUUUGUGUCGAAGAUGUCGAUUGGGACAGCCUUCUCGAUCACAGAUCUGGUGAAGUCUGCCGCCAAAGAUGGAACCAGAUAGUCCGUGGCAUUGGCGGCCACAGGGAGAAGCCUUUCAUCGAGCAGGUUGAGGUGUUGUCCAGGCGCUACUGCCCGGAGAUGAUCGAGUACAGGCAACCGCGGGAAUGAUCGCCCACCCUGUCAAAGCUGUAUGCCCCUUGACAAAGGGGCGUGAUCUGUCUGAUAUCCUGCAUGUUAGCGAGCAUGUGUUGUCGCCUGAAAAAUGUGGGAUUUAUGAGAUGUGCAUGGUUUCUUACUUACCAGCUAGCACUGAGCAAAGCUAGGUGUCAUCUAGUUUUCCUUUACAUGGCAGAGUGAUUUAUGACAUGUGUUUUGUUUACUUUGCUUAUUUAUAUGUUGUCCGUUGAGCUUGA